UGAUCGGGGACGACGAAAAGUUCUGCCGUCCAUUUUGCAAGCCCGCCAAAUGCUCUUCAAAAGGCCCGACGUGGCCGCCGUCUCGAUUCCCCGCGUCUCGUGCGUGACGCGGCGAUAGUGCCGACGGUCCCGUCGCUGGGUGGCUUUCCAUCGCUCGGCGCUGACAGCUCGCACUACUUCCUCAUUUCGUUCUGGUCCUUUUUGGUAGGCCGGUUGUCGUUGCAAGAAGAUUGAGGGAUGCCCGGCAUGGCGUCGAACAAAAUCACCAAGACGAAGGGCAAGAUGGUCAAGCCGAUUCUGAAGAAGCUGUCGCACUCGGAGAAGAACUCGCUGGAUUUGGAUCGGGGGUGGGAUGAGCAGUCAGUCGAGCAGCUGGAAAAUAGCGGGGGGAAUGAGUUUUAUGCUCCGACAGCGAGGGACGUUAGCUUUGGAUUUUUGGGUGGUUAUGGGGCAGUUGGCGACGCCGGCGUGGUAGGUAGUGUGGGGAGCGGCUUCCGAGCAAAGUUUCAACACGGUCGUUCUGGAUCGCAAGCGUCGACCGGGAGCGGUCCGCGCGGUGCCUUCGUCCAUCCUUUUGCUCAGACUCCGCGCACAGCAACCCCUCCUCUGUCGUACGCCAAUUCACUUGCCUCGUUUGACAACAACAACACGCACAGCGGAAGGGACCACUCGCCCACCAUCACAGAAAACGAGGACGACGACGAAUUCGAUGCCACAACGACCUAUUCUCAGUCCCACUCCCACUCCCACGCCCGCUCUCACACUCACACUCAUACUCAUCACCAUCCUCACCUUCAUCACCCGUCUGACUCCCAACCUCCCCCUCCGCCGCCUUCCAUCUCACAAUCUACCCUACGACGCUCAUCGAUCAACACGAUCAACAGCGGCCACCGCACACCUUCCUUCCCCGAAACCCAGGCGGCCUCAAAACCGCCCUCUCUUCGCAUCAACACAGGCCGUUCCGUCUCGGGCACCUCCCGCCUCGCACACGGCAGCGGAAGCGGGGCCAGCAGCAUUCCCAACGCUAGUCGCUCAGACUUGCAUCUCAGCAACAAUAACAGCAGCGUACCGCAUCUCAACCUGAGCGUGAGCAUAAGCGGCACGCUCGACUCGCCGACGGGCAGUCUCGGCGGCGGCAGCAGUACGAUCCUCUCCACUUCCACUUCGCAACAGCAGCAAUCACAAGCAACCCAGUCACAAAUGUCGCCCCUCCGCAGCUCGCUCGACUUGGCCUUUCCGCGCCUGCGCAGCCGCUCCGAGCUGGACACGGCGGCGCGCGCUGAGAACAUCCGUGCAGCUCGCCGCAAGUUUGAGGAGCGCGAGCGCGCCAAGGAGGAGAAGCACGACCGCGAGAUGAUCCGCAAGCGCGAGCGCAGGGAUACCAAGGAGGCCAAGAGCAUCGAAAAGGGCGAGACCGUCCAUCACCGCAAGGUCAGUUCCACGUCAAGCAGUACUUCCGCGGUGCCGGAUAGCGGCGGCGGUCCCGGCGGCGGUGUGGGGCUGCAAAAGGCGGGGACUUGGACGGCUGGCGGAAGGAACUCGCCUCGUCUAAUGGGGAGUAGAAAGGGGAGCGGGGCUUGGGGGGGCAGCGGGGUUGAGAUUGCCGAGCAUCAAUCACAGCAUCGGUCGUCGCCGUUUCUGGGACGGGGAGCGGGUGGCUUUGCAUCGUCUUCGGCGCCGGCAGGGACGAUAGGGUCGCAGCAUCACCCUCACCAUCAUCAGGGGCUUGGAAUUGGUCUUGGGAGGAAGAGGCACACUGCUUCGCCGGCGCCGGAUGCCGCGAUGACUGGUGCGGCCUCGACGGUCACAGGAGAGAAGCAGAUGGGGUUUGCCAGCCGCAAGUACGAGAGCGUGCCGUUGCAGACGCCGCCCGCGUUCGGGCCCGGCGUGGACGAUGUGCGGUUCGAGCAGACGCGCCCCAGGAGGGGCAGCGGCGCCAAGCGGAAGACCCAGAGCUACUGGCAGGGCUUCCUCCUCUGGCUGAGGACCAAGCUGUGGCGGCUUGGAGGCCACUAGAUGGGUUUUGGCCGGGUAACCCAGCGGGUGAACAGCAACUGCCUUGGGAUUUAUGGACACACGGCUACCUCGGAGUACGCAGAACCAAUCAUCACUUCUU